AUGUUCUCCCUCCGCACCGUCAUCGGUGCCUCCUCCGGUGCCCUCCGCCAAAUCCUCCCCUCUGUCUCCUACAGAACCGCUUCAUUACGGCCAUUCUCGCACAUGAUCCGGAAUGGCUUGACGAAACUUCGCGGACAAGCACAGGCUAGCAAUGCCGUUGCUGUGGGGGUUGCGUCUGCUCGUCAGAUUGAGCAGGUUCGCGGGAUGAAGACUCGUUCCUCUGUUAAGAGACUUUGUGAUGGUUGCAAGCCCGUCCAUCGUAAAGGUCGUGUCUACAUCAUCUGCUCGAAGAACCCCAAGCACAAGCAACGGCAAGGAAAAUAG